AUGUCUCUACUGUUGAGAAAGCUUUGCCCUGAAGGAGUGUUUAUAGUAUACUGGACCAAAGAUGGCCAGAGGGUAGAUACAUCCAAUGAGAACUACGAGCUUGUUGCCGAUGGUAGUCUGACAAUCUUCACUGUGCGGGAUGAAGAUGUCGGUGCCUACACCUGUGUCGCUGAAAACACUGCAUCUGCCACCGCAUCAUCAGCAGCUCUACUGUCCAUCAUAGGGGAUGCAACUGAUGCCAUGGAGCCAGAAACAACCAUGACACCUCAACCAGAAACAACUGAAGAAAUGAUGGAAGAGACAACCACAGAAGUAGAUAUCAACUCACCAAUCCCAAUCUUCAUCCGCAAACCAGAGCCAGUCUACUACAUUGGUCGUGAACGGCCAGCAAGCAUCACCUGCCGCACCCUUGGCGCCGAGUAUCUCAUCUUUGAGUGUAAUGGAGCACGAAUCCCAGAAACAUUCAACGAAACCUACUCUGCUAUUGAUCCAGAAACAAAGAAAAAGAUUCUUGAGAGAACAGUUACCAUUGACCGCAAGACUGUAGACGGUUCUGACAAUUACACUUGCCAGUGCAGUGCCUGGUAUGCAGAUGCCAUCAAGCAAGGGUGGUCUAUGCAUAAUAUGCCUACAAAAAUUGAGAUUGCUUAUCUGAAGAAGCGUUUCCAGACAGAACCAAAGAAGUCACAGACAGUAGAUGCUGGUUCCACUGUGGAGCUUGCUUGCGUAGCCCCUGUGGGCAACCCAACCCCAACAGUAAGCUGGCUGUUCAAUGGUGAUGUUAUUGAUGACACAAUGGAUGACAACAUCAUGGUGUCCAGUGAUGGAACUUUGAUCAUCAGUGAAGCUCGAAUGACAGAUGACGGCAACUAUACGUGUGUUGCUGGAAACGUUUACGGGAAAAGACAUUCCAAAUCAGCAGUCGUUAGAGUCACUGGCGGUGAACCUGAGCCCGAGCCAACUGAUGGCACUGAUGUUGGCACAGGAGUCUACAUAUCAACCGAAGUACCAACAUUCACACAGGAGCUGAAUGAGACCAUCUUCAUCGUGAAUGAAGAAAAGGCAACACUUACCUGUGCGGCUGUGCAAACCGGGAAAAUAACCUUCAUAUGUAAUAAUGAGGAGGUCGCAGAGGAUCGUAUAAGAUACAGAAAUGAGAAAACAGAUGAUGGGGAAAUGGUGUUAGUGGCAUCCAUGGACGUUAUGGCCGACACUAUCACUGACAUAUCAGAGGAGUAUGCUUGUGAAUGUCUGGCCUGGUACAAACUGAGUGAUAACGAACCAGAACAGUCUGUUAACAGUCGGCGUGGACGUGUGGAAAUUGCAUAUAUCAACGACAAGUUUAUUGUUGAGCCCUCAAGCAAGACCGCCACAGUCAGUUCAAUGGUCACUUUGAGAUGUGUGUCACCUGAUGGAUUCCCCAGACCAGAGCAAUCAUGGUAUUUUAAUGGAGAGCUGUUGGAUUUCAACGCUAACGACAACCUUCUCUACUCCCGUGAACAAUCAAUUGUCAUUGUGCAAGUUCGGGAAAUGGAUGCCGGAUUAUAUUUAUGUGAAGCCACAAAUAUUGCCGGAACACGAAGAAGCAGACAAGCGAAACUGACUGUUGUUGGAGACAGCACUACAAGCAUGCCAGAACCAGAACCCGAGACAACUGCCGAAAUAUUUGAGGGAAAUGUUACUACGGAAGACGCGACAUAUGUCACGUCUGACAUUAUGCCAUCUGCGGAAAAUACGACCGAGAGUAUUCAAGAAGGAAAUAUGGUAGAAAAUACUACCAUGUAUUAUGAAAUAGGAACUGAUGGUCAGGUCACGGAUGAAGGCACUCCAGAGCCAGAACCAGAAGGAAAUGACAACAAUCCAAGUAUAGUGCUGCCCCAUCCUGAGUGUGACAAGUUGCAGGCUUGCUAUCAAUCAUUCCUGCCAACAUUUACUUCCAAUAACUUCAAAACUCAUAAAUAUUGCGACGAACUGAAAGAGUUUUUCACAUGUGCACAUGAUGCUGUGAUGAUGUGUGGCGUCAAAGGUGACCAGCAACAGCAGGCAACACUGGCGGACAUGGCUAGCUGGUUUGAGGAAUAUUGCACAAGAUUGCCCCGUGAUGAGAAGGUGUCUAUGAAGUGUGGCUCCUAUGGAACCUGCAAUCCUCCAGUCACAAUGCAGACCCAACCUAAGGAUCUUAUUGAUGUCAGCAUGUUAUGCGAGUAUAUCCAUAAAACAACAGAAUGCAGACAACUUGCGCUAGCAGAUUCCGAGUGUAUGGUGAUGAAGAAGAACAAGAUGAAGAAUGAUCUCCACUAUCUUGGGACACAAGCACAAAGAUACUGUCCCAGAGGCACAACACAAGACAAAGAAGACGUAACACAGGGUACUGGAAUUAAUGUCGGUAAAGUUGAGAAGGAAAAACCAACUGGUGCUGCUAGUAUGACUACAGCUUCGGUCCUAGUGUCAACCAUUAUCCAGGUCCUUGCUAUCUUAGUAAUAAGCUUUAGGUAGAACUCCUACAAAUUCUAGCCCAUAUUUCAAUUUAACAUCAGUUUGUACAUGUGGUCACAGCUAUUUGAAAUCUGUGUGUUGUAAGAAUUCUUUCUACUGUACAGCAUCUUAUGUUCAUCAAAAUUUUUAAAGGUAGUCAAUUGGAUAGUAUUUUGGUUAUCUCCCUUUUGUAGAUUGUUGCCAUUUGGGAUUUUCUUCAUUUUAGCAAAAAGUAUCGUUUUCUUGAAUUAUAGUGAAUUAAUGCCACUUGUUUUUUAUUUCAUCAAUCUAUCUAGAAAGACCAUAAGACCACCUUAGAUUGUAGCUUGUACCACAAAUGGCUGUUGUGUUGAUGUGACUCCGGCCACAAGAGUCAUAAAUGAUAUUACAAAGAGUCAUACUGACUAUGUGCCUAAAAUGUAGGUAUGAUCAUUGAUGCUGUAACCCUGACAACCGACAACUGCUUCGUCACUCUGAGUUGUCCCGUUACUAGAAUUCAAUAUGUGUAUUCAUUCAUAUUGAGUAGAUAAAUAUCGAAUGAAUUCUUUUUUCAUUAAAGGUUACAUAAAUUAUAACUAUUUGAAGAGAAAUAUUCAAAAUAUUCUGUAAGAAUUUUUUAAUAUAAUUCCCUUGUACAAUAUCCUUUACAGAUACAAUUUAGAAUUAUUAAUAUCCAAGUAUCCCUGUGGCAAUACUGUCUGACGCAGAUGUGAUCAGGGUAUUAUGGCAAUGUAUAUCUAUAUAGAUAUGUCAUCCAAAAGUGCCAUAAUUUACAACAUGGGUUAACUUAUUCUUUGUGCCAAAUUAGUGUCAUAAUAAGAAAAUUCAAGUCUGCCUGACUUGAUGAAAUUGUAUGACAUUUAAGGUUUAUUUGUAUACUGAUGCUCCAGGUUAUACAAACUUCCCCGACAAAGUGUGCCAUACUAGACAGUAAAUGUGUUUGUGCUGAUAGACUACAUUUGAACACUGUGUGCCAGAGCAAACUUCAUAUGGCAGCCAUAUUAGGGAGAUACCUGUUGGGGAGGUUGGCUCUUCUAGUUAUCAUCAAUUGUAGAUUUUGUAGUUACCAUAGCAACAGGAUAACUCCAGUCUCUUCAAUGUGCAUGGUGCCUUUUGAUCGGAAGUAACAUGCCAUCAUAUCUGAUCUUUGAACAUGAAACUUGGUUAUAAAACUCAAAAAAUAUUUUGAUGAUAACAUUUUCAAAAUAUGAUUUGGUGAAUUUCUUAUUACUGUUCAUUGUUCCAAUAUGAUGAAUCGAUUAAGCAGGCACUCUCAGCUGUUAUUUUCACAGUGAACAUUUGUAACUGAAAGUAAAUCAGAUGCAAGGUGACAUAACUUAACAGAAACUGAUUUUUACAAUCAAAUUCCAUAAUUUGUCAAUCAAAAUGAUCACCUUUUGUUAAUAACACACAUUAAUCAUGAUUAAAUAUUGUUUUCAAAACAUUAAUCGAUCUUAGAUUUGACAUCUGUAGAUAAUUGGGAGUAUUUGCAACUUUGUGCCUGUUUAGUUGACCUAUGUUGCAACGAUCUCAAUGCUGUGUGGUAUAUGGUUGUGUUUGUGAGGUGUAUAGUUUUCCCUAUAUCCCCUAAAUAUUAAUCAACAGAUUUUCCUAUCCUCUCAGUAAAUCAGAUAGAUACCAUUGUACAUAAUUACUCAUCAUGUGUACACGCUUAAACGUUUGGUUUUUUAAAUUCUUAAUUUUGUCUGAGUCAUGUUAUUAUUUUAAUAACAUUCUCUUUCUGUUGCCAGGGAGUCUGUACAUACUUUCAUUUUGUUGUACAUUGGUUUAAGAAUAUAAUUUUGAAAGAAUUUUUUUUUUCAAAAUGGCAGAUUGAUAUUUGAAAAGAUAGGCUUGCACAAUAUGAAUUACAUGAAGGUAUAUUUCAGUUUGCAUUUGAUAUAUUUCUUGAUUUUCGUGGUCUUUGUAUCAAAAUGGUGUACAUCUUUUCAAAUAGGCCACAUAACAAACUUGGGCCUUGAAACUUAGUUCGUUGUAUUUUGUGGUAUUACCAUCAGAAAUGAAACAGUCUCUAUUUCAAUACGCUGCUUAAAUGGUUUUGUUAUUAUUUAUUCUCCAUGCACAUUUAAGAGACUGAUCAUAUUUAAUUUUUGUACCACCAAGAUAAUUAAUUUUAUUGCUAUUAUGUUAUAUUAUUAUUCAUACACUCAUUGUUUUUUGCAAAAGGAUGUAGCAUUUAUGUUUGUAUAUUUCAUUCUUGUCCACGCUGCCAACAUCGUAGAUUUUUUCAAAGAUUCAUAAAAUGGAUUGAGAUCAUGUAAAGUUUGUGCCCCAGAUUUCACAUAAGAAUCAGUGCCUAGGAAGCUAGUAUCUGUGAUUAGCCAUUCAGAAUCGUUUGUGCCAGAGAGGAUAGAGAAAUUACUAUACUUCUUUAUACUAAAACUGUUUGAGAUCCUACUGUCUUCCAUUUAGGUGUUUUUAUAAUAAAAUUUUGUGUACAAA